AUGCUUCGAUCUUGGCGCGAUGACGCCUCCAAAAGUGGGAAAUGGAUCGGCGUCGUAACCGUGCGCCAUCGUCUCGUCAAAAUUCUUGGCGUUUUCGUCUGUUUCAUCUGCGCCCUCACCCUUUGGGAAUUCUGGACAGAUCUCUCUGUCGCCUACAAAAGAGUCUCCUCACCAAGCCUCACCCAAACUAACCAAACUCAAUCUGGCUCUACAACCCCUCCAAAUCCAAAGUCUGGGCCUCAAUUUACUGGACCGACUGAGCAGACGACGAGAUUCUGGGAGAACCUUGUUACGGAAUUCUACGCAGCGGAACCUCAUGGUGAUAAGAUCAAACCGCCUAAUUCUCUAUCGCGAGACAAAUUUGAUCCUUAUGGCUCAAAGGCGCAGAUUCACACGGACCGGCUCGAGGUAUCUGAUGAGGAAGUCGAAUCAUUGAAAGAGAACCAUGCAAAGUUUGUGCAAAGUCUUCGACACUUGGCACCCAAAGUACCGUUCAAACGCAACACCAAAGGCAUCGUCAUCACUGCCAAAGGCUCCGCGUUUGGCGUAGCAGGGACAGCCGUGCGGAUGCUACGACACGUUGGAUCACGUCUACCAGUUCAGCUCUUUCUCGAUUCGGCAAGCGAGGCUGAAUAUGAACAGUGCAAUAAUACACUUUCCAGCCUGCAGGUACAAUGCUUGAAUAUGGACGACUUCUUGAAAUUGCCUAAUACGACAUCACUCCAGCAACCAAAGAUUGAAAAGUAUCAGUACAAACCUUUGUCGGUCAUCUUCUCCAGCUUUCAAGAUAUCUUAUUCCUUGACUCCGACGCCUUUCCUAUUCGAAACCCAGACCAUCUCCUCACCGUGGAACCGUACAAGAGCCGUGGGCUUGUGACCUGGCCCGACUUUUGGCUGCCAACUAUAUCUCCCCUCUUCUACAAGAUUGCAGGGGCCAAGGCUCCCUAUGUCACUCUCGACUCCAGAAGUUCAGAGUCAGGAGUUAUGCUGUACAACAAAGCAAGACACGCAGACAGUCUCCUGCUCGCCGCAUACUACAACUUUUACGGGCCUCAAUUUUACUAUCAACUUCAUUCACAGGGUGCUUGGGGAUCAGGUGACAAGGAGACUUUCAUGCAGAGCGCAUUAGUCCUGGGCAACCCCUACUGGCAGGUCACAAAGCCAGCUUCGAUGAUUACCGCCAACAAAAUCAACUGGGGAAGCGGGAUCUGGCAGGCUGAUCCUGAGCAAGACUGGAAGCUCCAAACACAAAAAGGACGAAACCAAACAUCCGUAUCAACAAGGAAAGGAAAGCUUAGGAUAGCUGAGGACGAAGCCAAGAUUACGAGUACAAUGUUUGCCCAUCUCAACAGAGUCAAAUUUGAUACUAGGCAUCCGAGUCAGGUACUGGAAGGCCUAGUACCCGAGCGUCCUGACGGCACUUUAUCGCGACUUUUUGGAGAUGAUGUGGACAAGGUCAAAAGCGUCGCGGGAUACGAUCUUGAAAAGGCGAUAUGGGAGGAGGCCAUCAAGGCUAACUGUGACCGAGAGCUGAUGGAGGAAUGUGACAAGAUACGAAAGUAUUACGAGGCAACGUUCUAG